GGCGGGGUCCCGCCCCUCUGCUAGUGGUACCGGUGUACACGCUGCUUCCGGCGGGUCUCGGCCGCGGGAACCUCCGAUUGCGGCCCCAGCACUGGUUGCCAACAUGGCCUCUCUCCUGGCCAAGGAUGCCUAUCUGCAGGACUUGGCCAAGAAGAUCUGCUCGCAGUCUGGCCCUGAGCGGCAGAGGAGCAAGUGGGCCAUCAGAACAAAAGGCUCAGAAGCUGCUGGACCCCCAAAAAAGAAAAGGAAGAAAACACAAAAGAAGUCUCAAAAGCAGGAACAGAAAGCUAUGGAGCUCAAGACUAAACCCCUGGGCAAGAAGUCUCCCACUUCUUCUGGGGCCAAGAAACCAAUGGUAUCCAAACAAGAGAACUCCAGCUCCCUGGGGUCUCCUGAAGAUAAUAAAGGCACAGCACCUGACUCUGUCUUUGCGCUGGAUUUCCUGCGACAACGGCUACAUGAAAAGAUCCAGCUGGCCCGGGGCCAGGGUAGCACCAAGGAGUUGUCUGCUGCCACUCUAGAAAAAAGACAGAGGAGAAAGCAGGAGAGGGAACGGAAGAAGAGGAAGCGGAAGGAGCUCCGAGCAAAGCAGCAGGUUGCAGAGGAUGAGAAAAAGGAGGAGCCAGUCAAGGAGCCCCCAAAAAUGGCCUGCAAGGAGCUGAGGGAAUCGGGGUUGAUGUUUAAUAAGGUGGAAGUAACUGAGGAGGAGCCAGCCAGUAAGGCCCAGCGCAAGAAGGAGAAGCGGCAGAGGGUGAAAGGGAACUUGACACCACUGACAGGUAGAAACUACAGGCAGCUGCUGGACCGACUGCAGGCACGGCAGGGCCGGCUGGAGGAGCUUCGUGAUCAGGAUGCAGCCAAGGCCCAGGAGCUGGAGGCCAAGAUGAAGUGGACCAACUUGCUGUACAAGGCUGAGGGUGUGAAGAUCAGGGACGAUGAACGCCUGCUGCAAGAGGCCCUGAAGCGCAAAGAGAAGCGCAGGGCACAGCGGCAGCGCAAGUGGGAGAAGCGUUCGGAGCACGUGGUGGAGAAGAUGCAGCAGCGACAGGAUAAGCGGCGCCAGAACCUGCGCAAGAAGAAGGCAGCUCGGACUGAGCGACGGUUACAGAAGGCCCGUAAGAAGGGCCGGGUGCUGCCCCAGGACCUGGAGCGCGCAGGCCUCUCCUGAGCAGUUUGUACCUGCUAGGUUCCUGGCUCAGCACCUUCCCUCCAUCUCCAUCUUUGAGGGUUUGGGUGGUAUGCAGUGCUAGUGCAGGUUUAGGUAACAGACUGGGUUUCCUGUGUGGGGUUGUUACAGCUCUUGUACCCCACAACCAUAGUGAAAUCUCUGGUAUGCCAGGAUGUUUCAGCAGCAUCUUUAAGAACUGUGUCCUCUAUUCCCUGAGAAGGAUGAAGGAGAUUUGUGCCCAUGUCUUGUGAGGGGCGUGUCUGUGUUUGUGUGUCUGUGUGUAUCUGUGUGUUCUGAGCACCCCAGGGUUGGGAUAGAGGUUGGGGUGAGUCACCCUACUGACCCCUCCUGCCAACCUGUAAUCCAGUGGCCAUGAGAACAAAAGGCCUUGACUACUCAGUCUGUACCCACCAGUCCCUGGGAACAGAAGAGAGCCCAAGGAGUUCUUGGGAGAAUCUGAUCAGUCAGGUAUGUCUGUGGGCCAGAGCUCCAGGGCUGUCUUUAAGGCCAGCAUCCAGCUCAAAACCUAGAGUCCUUCCUGAGUCCACAGGAUGUGUGCUUGGUCACUUGUGAGCUAACCAAGUGGUUGAGACUUGGGUUGGUAUGUUGCCUAGUUUUAUGUCAGUUUGACACAAGCUGGAGUUGUCUGAGAAGAUUGGCCCGUGGGCAUGUUUUUUUACUGGUGAAUGGUGUGGUAGGGCCCAGUUCAUUGUGGACAGUGCCACCUCUGGACUGGUGGUCCUGGGUUGUUUAAGAAAAUAGACCAAGCUAGCUAUGGGGAACAAGCCAUUGAGUAGCACUCAUCUAUGGCUUUUGCUUUAGUUCCUGCCUCUAGGUUCCUGCCUUGGCUUCCCUUGGUGAUGUAUUGUUACCUGGAAAUGUAACAUGAAGUAAACCCUUUUGUCCCUCAA